UGUAUAGGGCAUCAAAAAUAGGGACAAAUAUUCGAUUACCACGGCAAAAAACCUCGAACUUAAACCCCAAUUGUUGUGCGCUGAAGACUCUCUCCUGAGGCAAGCACUAAUCGAACGGAGACAGAAAGUGAAGACAAGAGUUUUUUCUUUACAUCUCGUGCUCGCUGUGGGAAACUUAAGCAUGAAUUCAAAAGAACAAGCUCCAGCCUUGGAAGAUUGCUUGAAACUUUUGAAAGGUGAAAGAGAUGAACAAAGGCUAGCUGGUCUUCUUCUAGCCACUAAAUUCUGUACCGGAGAUGACCACACCUCAAUUCGUAGGAUUUAUGAUGCUGUUGGAGAUCGGUUUCUUGAUAGGCUUUUGAUGAGUGGGACGGGGAAAGCUACAGCUGGGGUUAAGGAAGUUGAUAAUCAAGAUGCAUACUUACAGCUUUCGGUUACUAUUCUUGCUGCAAUCUGCCGUGUCGCCGAGAUUGCUUCGUCGAUAUAUAUGAUCUCAAAGGUUCCAGUUAUCCUUGAAAUAUUAUCGAAAGGAGUGGGACCUACUAUAUACGAUGAAUGCUAUGAAUUCUUGUUUCUAGUUUCAACUGCUUCUGAAGGGGGUCUUACUAAACUCUACGACUCUGGGUGCAUCAAUGUACUUGCUUCUAGCAUGUAUUCCUUGCCAAACGGUUCUCAUUCAUUUGAGCUUGCUCUGAGAGUUCUGCAACUGGUGCUGACAAAGCUCCCUCUAGAAACUAUCUGUACGAAAUAUCCUUCCGAGCUUACGUGCAUGGUGGCCGUGAUAGCUAAACAGUUCGCUUUAUUGCAUAACGCCCUCAAGUUUGAAGUGCUUCACCUACUGACCGUCAUUCUGUCCUCGAACUAUGCUGUGCCAGUGCACAAUUCUCUUCGUUUGAUGUUAAACAAUAGCUGGACUACCUAUAUGCGUGUUGGUAUUGUUGCAGUCUUACAGAAUCGCGUUGUGUCAGCUGAAAAGCUUCAGGCUCUUAUUUUGGCUGAGUCUAUAAUAUCUAUUGUUGGAGAAAAUUGGUUGAUUGAUCAGAAGCAAUUACCCAAUGACAGGGAAAUUGAGCCUAUUCCAGCUGAUAGAUGUCUAUUGCUUGUCCUGGAAUCAUCUAGGGUUGAAGUUGCUGUUCUUCUUAAUGAGAUUGCCUACAUGAAAUAUGAAGAGAAUCAAUCAAUAAGAGGGGAGGUUAUUAGUUUGAAGCAUCGGAACCUUGCUGUUGCAUUUUCGUUAAUAGAGAAAACUAUCAAACUGAUAUCUGGUGUAUGUGGCAAUGAAGAAGCAAAUGCAGGGAGCCCUAUCAGUGAACGUACCUUGGCAAAGGUCUUUGCUGGGCUGACUGAGACAAUUGGUGUGGUUUUGGAAUUUCUACAAGAUGCAAAGGAUCAUGGACAAAGGAAAGGAGACGAUCUUCUUGCAUCAGUAAGAGUUAUUGGAAGCUAUUUGGCGGAAACACCCUUUGCCUGCAAGGAGAAGAUUGACGAUCUUUUGGAGUACAUGCUCUCAGUUGAGGGUGAAGAUGAACCAAGCCCUUUCUUCUCUACAUGCUUUUUGCUUCCAAUGCUGUGCCAAGUAACAGUGAAGAUUGAAGGAUGUAAGAUGUUGGCAUCAUUUGGAGGACAUAAUUCUGUUAUGGAGUGCCUUGUCAAAUUGAUUGGCCUUAACAGUAUGGGUAUGGAUAGCAGUACCAUAUUCAUGGCUUGUGAUACCAUGAUGAACCUUCUUCUAAGGAGAGAAGAUAUCCGAGUUCAAUUUGAUGGCUCUAUUCAAAUUCAUCUCUUAACAGCAUUGGCAUCUUGGGCAGAGAAUAUAAAUGAUCAAUCUAUCAUCAUGAUGGCUUCAACCCUCUGCUCUCUCAUCUUUGACUCAACAUCUGAGGAAGCUCUUGUGAAUCAUCCUAAUGUUGGCCAUAUCAUUCUUAAUAAACUGUCUCAGCUUAUUAUGAGAAGUUUGGCAACAUACGGGCAGGAUAUGUUUGAUAAUGGUAAAGCAGAUGUCGAUCUUCACCAGAUUAUUAGCAGAGGGUAUGCUGGUUGGGCUGAUCGAUUUCCAGAAAUUAAGAAAACUCUCCAGCUGAUGAAACAGUAGUUAUAAAUGGCUUUGCACUUAACUAUGUGUCUGUUUGAGAUGAUGAUCUCAAACUCUGUACCAGCUGCUAUUAUGUAAAUAUAACGUUUGCUUCAUGGUCCAGAUAUAAUUCCUGAAGUAUCCUGUAUUUGCAACUUUUGUGGAGGGUUUUUCACCAUAAUUGAGUGCUAAGAAAUGUUUCAUUUUUUUUUUUGCA